CGACCGGUGCCUCUUCCUCCCUCCCCUUCGCAGGCAUGAAGAUCGUCGUGCUCGCGUGCCUCCUCUCCGUGGCGGCCUAUGCCCAGGGCGACCCCAUCACCUUCAGUGACGAAGAGCUGAGCCGUGCCGUGAGCAACACGAGACUCUUCCUUCGUGGCCUCAGAGAGGCCCUCCAAGUUAGUGAGCUCCGGCGGCUCGAGACGCCCCUGAGUGAUUUGAGGUGGCUGAAGGCUCCUGGCUGUCCGCCCAACCGAGGGCAGCCCAACUGCUGCGACGCCUUCACGAGAAUGGAGGAGCUCUUCGACGAUCAGACAAUGCCUGAAGGCUGUACCGAUGCCUUUGAAUUGAACUCGACAACCCUGGACGAGACAAAACUCGUCAACGUCUGCGGAACUGACGGCUGCGUGGAUGAGCUGCAGGAGGCUAUCUACAACAAAACGAGAAAAAGAGGCGCGGGGUGCGCCUUCUAUCGCUCCGUGCGUCGUCAGGUGGGCCGAAGAAAGAAGCAAGAGUUUCGAUCUUAUCCGUUGGCCCAAUCGUUCAGUAUGACGCCAUAUGCAAGAAGGAUGCGAACGACAACUACUGCUGGCCCGACCUCGAUUACCAUAUUGAGCUGAUCACGCGCUCUCUGAAGGGGGAGGCUGUGAUAAACGACACGAAUCUCGACGACCUUUAUGCCCGUGGUAAGUUCACCGGGCCGACAUUUGUCUGCUGUAUGAUUGUCGCUGUUUUCACCCACAGGCAGCUGCUUCUACAGCAAUCUCCGGUUUGUCAAGAAGCGCCUGACCGCCGAGUGGAUAGCGAAAAACUGGCUGUCGAACAUCCGAGCAAUGAACUUCUUCCUGCCGCAGGUAGGUGGCAUGAUGUCAUUCACGCAUGGGGCUCGUUCGUGCUCACAACUUACUUCUUGGCCUGUCCAUGUAUAUCUGCAUAUGAUGUGCGUCGCAGCUGGCUGUCAAGAUUGGCACUACCUACUGUUGGCCCAAGGCCGUCGAGAUCCUCGCCCGUGGACCGGAAGGGAUGCAAGAGGUGAGUUGAGGAUCUGGUGCUGCCAUGGAUAUGUAUGUGUAUGCCAGCCACACGCACGCAGACGAACAUGUGUACAUGUCUCUCUAUCUCUCUCUCUCUCUCCCUCUGUGUGUGUGUGUGUGUGUGUGUGUGUUCCUCUGGUGCAACCGCCAUGCAUUCAUUCGAGCAGUGGUUAAAGAAGAAAGUGAAUCAGAUGUGGACUGAGCCCGAGGACUUCUGCAGCGAGGCAUGCAACCCCUAUAUGCUGCGCAUUGUUGCGACUUUCGGGUGGCUGGCGGUCAGCCCGACAGAUAUCGACGACCUCGACGACCCGGACGAUUUUGUGGGGGAGCCUUCUGGCGACAGCCUGUGGGAGACCCUCAGCCCUGAGGGCAGAAAGUUUGCUGGUGUGGCACGCACAACAAGGUUCACAUGCAUGAAGAACGUCAAUGGUACCUACUGCGGUGAGCCAAUGAAUCGGUGGGACAUGUCUCCCUUACAAAUAUAAUAUAUAUAACUCACCUCGGCCUGUCCCUUUAUCUGGAUAUCAGGGAAAGCGAUCCGCGAAGGCGGCGACCUUGGCGCAGUAAGCACAGACACACAUUUUAGUUAAGCAUACCUGCCGAUUCGUUCCUCCCUUGCAGGACGACGAUGAUGUCACGUUCCCCACUGAAGCCGCCAGUGAAGCCCCGGUUAGCACGACAGGUAAGGCCGCAAAUGACACACAUAUACACAUGCGACACAUCGCAAUGUCCUCUAGGCGCAGCUCCUGUUGACGGCAUGUCCUCUAGCACCGAGGACAUCACUCAGGGAGAAAUCAGCACCAGCACCGAAGAGAUCUUUCAAGGGGUCAAAAGCACCACGGAGGAUGUCAGCAGCGAGUCACCAGACCCCGACGACGACAUGUCAUCGACUACAGACUUCCCCUCGCCCUCUCCCUCGCCCUCCGGUGGUCGCCUGCUCGAGGCCCUCUACGAUGAGUGGGCUGCUGAUGACCCUGCCCUCCGCUCUCUCCUCAGGGUCGAAAGGGGAGAGCUCUGGGACUGGCUGCGGCGGGUGGCGAACGCCUCUGGUACAGGCGGACAACGAAUGUAGAGAGGGAGAACGGGAGACGGUAGCUUGACAUCACGUUGGUGUCUCCGUCUUGCAGAGUACUGCAUGGACAUCCGGCAGAUGGUUGACGACUACGGCUGCUGCGGGGCUGCCUUCUUCGGUAAGUGCUACUAACCCCGCGGGGACACGUAGGCUGACACUCACAUGCACGCUGACUGACGCAGAGUGGAAGGCCGACAUGCUCCGCAUCGGAGCCAUCGACGGUGACGAGACACCCGCUGCACGGCGUCGGGAGGCAAGGUACAUCAAGACUCAGCUCGCCGUCGCCCCAGCCAUCUGCAACAGGCGCCUCGACAGGACAUGCGCCGCGGGUCGAGCCCUCAAGUAAGGCACGGACACAACACGCAAAAAGACAACAUCCGUUUACGCUGGUUGUACUGUGCAGACGGCUGAAGCGCCUGAAGGCAGUGGCAAAAAUCGCGGGUUUCAAUUGCGCUCAAGCGCGAGCAAAGCAGGAAAAAUUCGACGACUUCAUUUCCAAACUCGAAGAACAGCUGGUGACUAACGGACGGACCAUUGCGCCCGUUUCCACGCCUGUCUCUCUCUCUUCCUCUGUCCCCUUCUCUGUGUUCUCUGUGGGUGUACUUGUUCGUGCAGAUGGCCCUAGGUUUGGCGGAGACGGACUCGGACAUCAGCAUCACUAUCUGUGACUACAAUCCUGACCACGAGCUGGUCAAACAGACAGACAGAUACACAUACACACAGAUGGAUGGAUGAGCUGUGUUGGAAUGUAUGUGUACAGGUGGACCUGGGCACAGGAAAGAAGCCGCCUCCAACCACGGCCCCGCCGGCCGGCGGCGGGGUGCCUUUGUCCCCGCCCAACCGACUCCUCUCGGUAUGUAUGGAACAUUCAUGUCGGCAGUAUUAGGGGGAGGGGGUGGAGGAGACACUGCAUGAGAGCAUCAUAUGCAGGAAGGGACUGACAUCGAGAUAUCCGUGGAGGGCAGCGACGAUCUCGCCGACAACACCGAGGUCGCGAUCCAGCAGCUCUACGAGUCAGGUCAGUAACAGGCACGGAGGCUGGCAGGCGGGCCCUCUCACCUACCGACCGAAAUGGAUAUGUGGAUGUGCAGGUGACUUGGCUGAGGCCAUUGAGGCGGCCGCAGAAGGCAACGACAUCUUCGAUGGCGUCCCGGAACUCCUUCAGCUCGAAGCAGUAAGUACUCAACCAAAGCACCACUCACAGUCUUGGCGUGUCUCCCUGCGUGUCCACUUUUGCGCAGACUACCGAGACCGAAACACCCCCCGAGGCAGGGGAGGGCGGUGAGGAAAAUGGCAAUGGCAACGGCAAUGGUGGCGACAACGGUGCGGCCCUCAUGACCGCCGCCCCGGUGCCCAUGAUUUCCGUUCUGUGCAUCGCGGCUAUGAGUGCGUGGAUGUGAGCCGGAAGGCCGAU